ACCACUUGCUGGUCCACACACCCCUGUGGGCACAGACGCUCUCGUCUGAAGUAUACAGUGCAGACGUAGAACUACAACUUCCGGAGGCCCCCGCGGCAUGCGUGCUCCGCUGUAGGAGAAACUACGUUGCCCAGAAGUCCUCAUUCCGCACUGCGGAACCUACCGGCUUUGGAAAAGUGGCCGCGGGACAACGUGACACGCAGUUGGACAUGGCUUUCUUUGUCAGAUCUGUGGGUCGCCUGUUGGGCCCCGUCAGUAGGUCAGCGGCGCUACUGGGUGACAGGUGGCUCCAGCCCCAGGCCUGGCUGGGUCUUCCCGACGCCUGGGGACACCCCGCCAUGCAGCAGACCCGGGGCAAGGCGCGCGGGAACGAGUAUCAGCCGAGUAACAUCAAACGCAAGCACAAGCACGGUUGGAUACGGCGUUUGAGCACGCCAGCUGGCGUCCAGGUCAUUCUUCGCCGCAUGCACAAGGGCCGCAAAUCAUUGAGCCAUUGAGGAGCGCGACGCUGCCGGCGGGGAUCCCCCCCCCCCCCCCGCCACUAUUAAAGCAUUUUCCUCGCUUAGCCUACCACCGUUUUUGUUGGGAGCUGGAGAGCAGCGACGAGUCGGACUCGGACGGACAUGAAUCCUCCUCAAAUUUCUGGUGGCCCAGGGGGAGAAAUCUUGGAUUGGUCUGGAAGGCGGAAUGGGAACUCAGACCUUGCCAAGUGCCUUUUUACGCUUUUGAAUUAGGAAGAAUUUCUAACAUAAGCAACAGUCCACAGAAUGGUACAGUGAACGCCCGUGUGACCUUGUACACCUCUCUGACCACCAAUACCUGCAACACAUCCUGCCCUCUCCUGAGAUGCAAAUCUCAGGCAUCAGGUUAUUUCUUCUGUAAAUACUUCAGAACGCAUCUCUCCAAGAUAAAGACCCUUUAAUACAUAUUCGCAAAACUUUUCAGAGCUUAAAAAAAUGGUCAAUAAUUCCUAAUGUCAUUAAAAGUCUAAUAAAUAUUUAAAUUUCUA